AUGUCUACCUGGUCCUCUCCAGCCUUCACCAACAACCUAGCCAAAGCCUACGCCGCUCACCGCCCGAUCUACACCAAAGCCCUCUACCGCACCAUCCUGGACUACUACUCACAAUUCCCAACGCCCGAUCGUAAGAGCAGGGUUUACGAUGUCGGGUGCGGGACUGGACAGGUUGCGAGGGGAUUAUCGAGGUCAUUUGGGAGUAUUGUAGGUAUGGAUCCGAGUCCGAAGAUGGUCGAGGAGGCACGUAACCUGCAGCUGACCGGUGGAUAUGGCGGCAAUGUAACUUACGCUCGGGCUUCGGCGGAGGAGAUUGAAAAAGUCGUGGUGCCGGCUGGGAGCGCAGAUCUUAUUACCGCCGCUCAAUCCGCACACUGGUUCGAUCAUGCGACUUUUUUCGCGCAAGCACGGGGUGCGUUGAGGGUUGGUGGGACGCUCGCCAUUUGGGGGUAUGGAGAUGUGGUCUUUCCGGGGUAUGUGAGCGCGACGCGGGUGUUAAGAGGGUAUGCGUACGGAGAGGAGUGGUUAGGUCCCUGUUGGGAACAACCCGGGCGUAAGAUUUUGACGGAGUUGUAUCGGAGCGUAAAUAUUCCAGAUGGGUGGGAGGAUGUUCGGAGACUUUACGGUCGUGCGGGUGGUGGAGCGAGGGCGGGGGAGAAGGUUGUUGAGGAGCCGCUUGUGGAGCCUGUGAAGUUCGGAAUGGAGGAUUUGAGGAACUACCUGAAUACGUGGUCCUCGAUCCAAACAUGGCGAUCGAACCAAGAGGAGAUAUUACACCAAGGGGGUGUAGAUGUGGUCGAUACGAUUUUGCAGGGUGUUGGAGAGGAGAUGCGGAGGGACGGGUGGGAUGGAGAGGAGAAGUUUGAGGUGGAGUGGCCUACGGUGUUGAUUUUGGCGAGGAAAGCAGAGGGGAAUCUAGGAGCUGGCAGUGACGGUGAAACGUGA